AUGGCCUCUUUGUCAAAGCUGAUUCAAGACCUCCAAGAAGAGCUCAUCUGCUCCAUCUGCAGGGAGUAUUUCACAGACCCAAUUACUAUUGAGUGUGGCCACAGUUAUUGCCAGAGUUGCCUCAUCAUCAGCUGCCAGGAAGCCUCAACCCCUUUCUCCUGUCCAGAGUGCAAGAGUGUCUCCCAACUGAGGGAUUUCCAAAUUAAUGUUCAUCUUGGGCAACUGGCAACCAUUGCUCAAAAACUAAGGCCCCAUUGUGUUCAGUACCCUGAAGGAAAUGACAAGUGUGAGAUACAUCAGAAAGUGAAGAAUCUGUUCUGUGAGGAUGACCAUAGCCCAAUCUGUGUGCUCUGUUCUCAAUCCCAGGAGCAUGAGGCUCACAGAUUCUAUAGCAUAAGUGAGGCUGCUGCGAACUUGAGGGAGAAGCUCCAAGGAAGUGUGAUUCAUUUGCAGAAGAAAAAUAAGAAGGUCAUGAGACAGAUGACUUAUGAGAGGUUGAAAUUUAAACAGAUGAAGGAUAUGAAAAGAGUGUUAACCAGGAAUGAUUCUCUACUACAGAAGGAAAUAGAAUUCUUCCAUGUAAAUAUGAAGAUCUAUCCUAUCCCUGGAAUUAUAAAAAGGAUUUUCUGUUUCAAAGAGUACGUCACUCUGGAUUGCAACACGGCUGAUCCAGGUCUCAUCAUAUCUCAGGAUUUGAAGAGUGUUCGAUAUGGAGGUGCCCAAGAGGAAGUGCCUAACAACAGUGGGAGAUUUCUAGAUUUUGCCCAAGUUCUUGCUACUCAAUCCUUCAUUUCAAGGAGAUGCUACUGGGAGGUGGAGGUGCCAAACAACACUGCCUGGUGUGUUGGCAUCUGUAAAAAUUCAAAAGAUCUUCAAGACUUCUUUAUGCUCAUGACUGAACAAAAGAAUGAUUGCUACUAUAUUUAUGCCAUAGCCCAGCACAAUCUUUAUCCUCAAAUCCAUGUAAGAUACCGCCAGAUGACUGUGCCCAACUUAAAGGUUGGCAUUUUCCUUGACUACGAAUGUGGAGAGAUAUCAUUUUAUCAUGUAGAAAAAAGGUAUCUAAUUUAUACUUUCCCUCCUAUUUCCUUCUCAGGAUUGCUCACACCCUUCUUCUGUCUUUCCAAGAAAGUCCUGGAAAGUGAUGGCUCUCUUACAAUCUGUUCCUAAUUGAAAGAGGUUAAGGAAUAGAUUUA